AUGAGGGCGAAGGUUAAGAAGGACUGGGAGAGGGAGUGGCGGGAGGAGGAGUAUAAGAUGUUUCCGGGGAGGGGGAGGGAGAAGAGUUGGGUGGGGCCCGGGGAGGAGGUGAGGGAGGAGGGGGAGGAGCAGGGGAAGGGGAGGGGGAGGGGGAGAGGGAGGGGGGAGCUGGAGGAGGAGAAGAAGAGGCCGACGCAGGAGAAGAAGGAGGGGACGGUUAGGUUUAAGGGACUGCAAAAGAAGUCUGGGGGUGGUGGUGGGCGAGGCCGUAAGUAA